CCCCGCGCGCGCCGAUCGGAUUCGACGGAUCCCAUUUGGCCUCGAGAUCAAUGAGCUUUGGCUGAAGGAACGGCGAAGGAGGCACCGAAUGGCAGAAACGCGUUCAAGGCACAGGCACGAAAAGCCCCGACGUCGAGGCAAGGCGGAGGCUCAAGCUGGACCUUCAUCCUUGCGAACUCGAGUGGUGGUUUGUGUCUCCUUGGUGCUAGUUGCCGGCGCCUUCCUGAUAUCUGAGGUAUCCUUGACCUCACGAGCAAAGAAUUGGCGCGUGGUGGUGCAGCAAACCGGCGCUUUCCUUGCCUCUGGCCAGCCGGCACCGCCUGCACCAGCACCACCACCUACAGAGACAGCGCCACCAGCGCCACCAGCGCCACCAGCGCCACCAGCGCCACCAGCACCUGCACCGGCAGCAGCCCCGGUGGCGGUGCCUGAUGCAUCGCAGCCAACAGCUGCAGCUGUAGCUCCAACACCAGAACUGCAGGCUGUGGCGCCCGCUGAGCCUGCACAAGUUGGGACACCUUCGUCUGAGCUGAAAUCAUGCCUGUCCUUCAUUCACAUCCCCAAGGCUGGAGGCUCCAAUGUCGAGGGUCUCAUCGCACGGGCUUUUGGAUACAAUCAAGUCGUUGAGAAUCCCGGGGAUUGCAUCUCCAUGCGCAAGAUCGAAAAGGAUGUUCGCUUCUGGGGCAUGUGUGACGACCGGUUGAAAUGCGAGACUAAGAAAGGCUGCGGUUGGUCUGGUGCCGACUGCUGCUUUGUCAACGCGUCCUUUGCACCCCAGCCACCGAAAAACACUGGCAAGGACCGUUGCAGUUUCUGGCAUUUUCCACCAUCCCUCGAUCCACUGCUGGCGUCGGCCUACACCAAAGACUGUGAUGCGUUUUGUGUGGUGCGCGAUCCUGUGACACGUUUCCUCAGCCACUGGAGAUGGCGGCAUUUGGGAAAGACUGGCUGCAGCACCGAAGCCUUGGAAAAAUAUACCAAGGAGAAAUUGGAGCUGGCCAAAGACAAGGAGAUCUUGCUGGAAGACUGCCAUUUCAAUACCCAGGUGUCCUAUGCCUUCUAUGGUGGUAAUCCUGCAAAUGAACGGAUUUGUCGACACAUCAUCAAGCUGGAAAACUUGAGGGAAGAGUUGCCUCCCCUCCUCAAGAAAUACAAUUUGGACAAGGCCAGGGGUGUGAUAUCAAGCCCACGGAAGAAACGAUGCGUUUGGCUAUCCUUUGCCGUGACAGUUGAGCGCGCUCGUGCAUGGCAGAGUGGGAUGAUGCUGUGGGUGAUGACAUCUGCCACAGAAACGAGAUGUCAGUUUGCCCAACUUUUGACAUCCGCCAACAGCAGCUUACAGCUCAAGAAAUGGCUUGAGUUUGAGAUUGUGAUCAAGUCCUUCAAGAGCCUCAUCAAGAGGAAUGCCACCACAUUGAAGGGCAAGGAGCUGGAGCUGAACCAAAGCAACUUCGAAGCCGUAGCCACUCAAGCAGCAGUCCUUGCGGGCUUUGCUGUGUGCAUGCUGGUGAAGGUUGAUGUGCCUGAUGGUGUUCAUCCUCUACUGGAAGCACUGUAUUACUUCUUCGCACUGAUCAACCUAAUGUGCAACAUGGCCUGUGUCUCGGCGGUGGCGUGUGUGAACAUCCUGGGGACCAGUUUGGGCCUGCGAGGUCCCGAUGGCUCCGUCAGACAAGCCGCAGACGGGAUGCACCAGCAGGGAUCUCAUAUCUUUUGGGUUUUCGGCGCUGGCUUGGUGUCCUGCUCCUUCGCAAUGCUGUUGAUGGCCUGGAUCAAGAUGCAGACCUUGGCUGCAUUGUCGUGCAGCACAGUAUUGCUUUGGGGGUUGGUUUCAGGAGCUCGCCGUGCUUUGCAAAUGAAGAUUCUGUUUAGAUACAAUGACCACCACGAAGUCGUGAAGGUGGAUGACAUGCUCACUUCAGAGACCGUGGGUCCAGAAUCCUUUGUGCGUCAGCUGGGCGUUGCUGGUGAACAUUCGUCAAAGACGGCACGACAACAAGCUCCCGCCGGCGUAGCAACGCCACGAUGUGUCACCGCUUUAGCCACCAGCUGGAGCAUCGACUCGCAUGAAGCUGUGGAGAAAUGUGAAGGGCAGUGCGUACACUUUAACGGAAAGGUGGGAAACAGGCCUGCUGGAAGUACUAGUGAAGCUACCAAUUUUUUAGGUGAACCGGUUCAAACAGGAAUGUGA